AUGAAUGCGGAGACGCGCUCACAGCAUGAAGACUGCAAAAGUAUUAGUAUCCUGGCGCGGCGCGCGGAAGCCGUACCCAGCGUAGUACUCGGCGUCGCGGAGAAGCUUCGCGUCGAGAUCGAACGGGUCGUCGUCGUCAGCGGUCCCGAGAGGCAGCAUCAUCAUCAUCAUCAUCACGGCGGCGGCGGCGGCGGCGGCGGGCAGCGGUGGUUGAGGUACUUCGUCAUCGCGCUCGUGGUGUGGUCUUGCUCGCACGCGACGCGCACGCUGAGGAGGAUCGUCGCGCACCCGCACAGUCGAUACCCGGCCAGGCUCAUCCCGAAGGCGCGGUGUUGGGUUCUGCUUUCCGUCGGCUUCUUCUUCAUCGGGCUCUUCUGUCUGUGUAUGGAGUUCCUGUCCAAGACCAUGUCUGGUCUCCACGAGGCGAGGUUGUGUGUCGGACGACUGUUCGGGGGCGGCGGCUUGCCGGAGAACUGUGACGAGAAGGCGGCGGGAUACAGGCUCAGAAUAUUAAAGUGCGACAGUCAACGGGUCCUGGACCGGUGCAUGGAGUUCUGGGAGCACGAGGCGCUGAGGAUCCUCGUCGGUCCGCAAAGGGCCGAUGCGUCUGUCAUACCGCUCAUCCUGGUCAUCAUCAACUCGAUUCCGAGGGCUAUACGGGAUUGCCUCUGGGUGCCGUUUCUCUCCGAGGGGGAGUUUGAAAAGUUCCUCUAUAGCUCGUUGGACUUUUGGGAGUUUAAGCUGACCAGGAUCCUGAGGGGUUCCGACGGACUCAAGGCGAAGCCGGACUAA